AUGACCACUUCCCUGCAAGAUGGGCAGAGCGCCGCGGGCAGGGCGGCUGCUCGGGAUUCGCCGCUGGCUGGCCAGGUGUGCAGCGCUGCCCAAGGGAGGGGCGACGCCCGCGACCUGGCGCCGGCCCCCUGGCUGCACGCACGGGCGCUCCUGCCCCCUCCGGACGGGACCCGCGGUUGUGCUGCGGACAGGAGAAAAAAGAAAGAUCUCGAUGUUCUGGAAAUGCCUUCUAUUCCAAACCCUUUUCCUGAGCUGUGCUGUUCUCCAUUUACAUCUGUGUUGUCAGCAGGCCUGUUUCCCAAAGGGAAUUCAAGGAAAAAACAGGUAAUUAAAGUAUACAGUGAAGAUGAAACCAGCAGGGCUUUAGAAGUACCCAGUGACAUAACUGCACGGGAUGUUUGCCAGCUAUUGAUCCUGAAGAACCAUUACAUUGAUGACCACAGCUGGACACUUUUUGAACAUCUGCCUCACAUAGGUCUAGAAAGGACAAUAGAAGACCAUGAACUGGUGAUGGAAGUGCUAUCUAACUGGGGAAUGGAAGAAGAGAAUAAACUGUACUUUAGAAAAAAUUAUGCCAAAUAUGAAUUCUUUAAAAACCCAAUGUAUUUUUUUCCAGAGCAUAUGGUAUCUUUUGCAACUGAAACCAAUGGUGAAAUAUCCCCCACACAGAUUUUACAGAUGUUUUUGAGUUCAAGCACAUAUCCUGAAAUCCAUGGCUUCUUACAUGCAAAAGAACAGGGAAAGAAAUCCUGGAAAAAGAUUUACUUCCUUCUAAGAAGAUCUGGUUUAUAUUUUUCUACUAAAGGGACAUCUAAAGAACCACGGCAUUUGCAGUUUUUCAGCGAAUUUGGCAAUAGUGAUGUUUAUGUGUCACUGGCAGGCAAAAAAAAACAUGGAGCACCGACUAACUAUGGAUUCAGCUUUAAGCCUAACAAAGCAGGAGGGCCCCGAGACCUGAAAAUGCUCUGUGCAGAAGAAGAGCAGAGUAGGACGUGCUGGGUGACUGCGAUUAGAUUGCUUAAGUAUGGCAUGCAGCUGUACCAGAAUUACAUGCAUCCAUAUCAAGGUAGAAGUGGCUGCAGUUCUCAGAGUAUAUCACCCAUGAGAAGUAUAUCAGAGAACUCCCUCGUAGCAAUGGACUUCUCAGGCCAGAAAAGCAGAGUUAUAGAAAAUCCCACAGAAGCCCUUUCUGUUGCUGUUGAAGAAGGACUUGCUUGGAGGAAAAAAGGAUGUUUACGAUUGGGCAUUCAUGGUAGCCCCACUGCCUCUUCACAGAGUUCUGCCACAAACAUAGCUAUCCAUCGAUCACAGCCAUGGUUUCACCACAAAAUUUCUAGAGAUGAAGCUCAACGACUGAUUAUUCAGCAAGGUCUUGUAGAUGGAGUUUUCUUGGUACGAGAUAGUCAAAGUAAUCCCAAAACUUUUGUACUGUCAAUGAGUCAUGGACAAAAAAUAAAGCACUUUCAGAUUAUACCAGUAGAAGAUGAUGGUGAGAUGUUUCAUACCCUGGAUGACGGUCACACACGGUUUACAGAUCUAAUCCAACUAGUGGAGUUUUAUCAGCUCAAUAAGGGUGUACUUCCUUGCAAGUUAAAGCAUUAUUGUGCGAGGAUUGCUCUUUAG